AAGAAAGAAAGGAAAAAGGAAAGAAAAAAAAAAGAAGAAAACAAGAAAAGAAAAGAACAAAAAGAAAAAGAAUGGGAAGCCAAGGAAGAGAUGGGGAAGGGUUUCCAGCUGUGGACGUGGAGAGAGAACUAAAUCCAGGAGAUAACAAGCACGUUGAAGUCGAUCCCGUUUCCUCUCAAGUUGCUACAUCUUUGGAAGCUAAGGAACAUGAGAAGAGAAAAGCAGCGGAAGACGAGCGGAAGAGAGCAAAGAAGAAGAAGGAAGCAAUGCAAACAUUGAAGACAACGUUCAUCGUCUCCGGCAUCAUCGCUGCCGUAGCGGUGGCAGCCUUUGCCAUUGUUAAGAAAUUGCGUGAAAACUAAUUCGUUUAAUUUUCUCUCAACUUUGCUCGAUCCUCCCUCACUCUUAAUUAAUCAUCUUUUUUUUUUCUUCUCUUUUAUGUUUUGUUUGAUGUGUGUUGUUUAAUGGGAAAAUGGUUAAAAAGUUUAUGGUGAGAAAA